AUGCGAGAGAGGGCUGGGGCGGCGCGGGGAGCGGGAAAAACUGAGCGAUCGGGUGAAGCGAAAAACGUCGCACAGGGCUCGCGAGUGUGUGGAGAGAGUGGCGGCGUGCACGGAGCACAAGUCGCCAAGCCGGCGUGUGGCGAUGGACUGAGCGGCGAGGCAGGUGCGCGAGGCGCGCGGCGGCGCUGGGGGCGGGCCCACCUGACUCACCUGGGCGCCUGCGCCGCGCUCGCUCAGCCUCCGAGCGCUCUGCACCACCUCACCUCGAUUUGCAACGCGCUGCAUGACCAACGGCCACUUAUCUACAUAUAUCAUAAUUUUAAUAUCAUACUAUUUACAUAA